AUGAUUGGGAGGGGAUUGGAACACCUGAAUCACAUGAUUGGGAGGGGAUUGGAACACCUGAAUCACAUGAUUGGGAGGGGAUUGGAACACCUGAAUCACAUGAUAUGGAGGGGAUUGGAACACCUGAAUCACAUGAUAUGGAGGGGAUUGGAGCACCUGAAUCACAUGAUAUGGAGGGGAUUGGAACACCUGAAUCACAUGAUAUGGAGGGGACUGGAACACCUGAGUCAAAUGAAAUGGAAAGGAUUGGAACACCUGAAUCACAUGAAAUGGAAAGGAUUGGAACACCUGAGUCACAUGAUUGGGAGGGCGGGGACAAUACUUUGGGCAAUAUAGUGUUUAAUGUAUAGGGUGGAUACAAUGUAACAUAUAGGCACAUUGUGAGAUGAGAUGUAUAGUGCACUGUCAGCCUCUAGUGUAGGAAGAGGGGUAUGUGGCACUGUCUCUGUCUGUCUCUAUAGAUGAUGAAAGGGACUCUAUCAC